CAAAGUAUUGCUAAUUUAGAUGAAAGCAAAUAAAUGUGCUUAUAAAUAACCCAUAUGUUUCGGCUUUAGGAAGCUUUUUCUUAAUUAGAAUACUUAACAAUGGCGGUUGGGAGUAGUGUAUCAGUUUUCUGCUCUUCUUUCUUGCUUCUUCUUCUUCUUCUUGUGUUUGUAUUUCCAUUUGGGUCAAAUUCUGAGGAUCUCAAAGCUUGCAAGUUUGAUGCCAUAUUUCAGUUUGGGGAUUCCUUAGCUGACACUGGAAAUCUUAUACGAGAGAACCCUUCAACUCCUUUCUCUCACCUUCCUUAUGGCCAAACCUUCUUCAACAAACCCACUGGAAGAUGUUCUAAUGGCUUAUUAAUGGUUGAUUACUUUGCUUUGGCAGCUGGACUUCCUCUAGUGAAUCCCUACUUGAAAAAGGAGGCAUCUUUUAUUCAUGGAGUGAAUUUUGCAGUGGCUGGCUCUACCGCUUUACCUUUAAAUGUUCUUGCUCAAAACAACAUCUCAUCUCCCGUUACCAACACAUCUCUGAAUAAACAACUUCAUUGGAUGCAAUCAUAUCUCAAUACUAUUUGUUCUAACAAAAGAGAUUGCACUAGGAAACUAAAGCAUGCAUUAUUUUUUAUGGGGGAGAUAGGAGGAAAUGAUUAUAACUAUGCUCUAUUUGAAGGCAAAACUAUUUCUGAAGUAAAAAAUCUGGUACCUGGAGUUGUCAAGACAAUAACAGAUGCUACUAGAAGGGUCAUCGAUUAUGGUGCUACUCGAGUUAUUAUUCCAGGACACUUUUCAAUGGGUUGCCUACCAAUCUACCUCACUGGCUUUCAGACCAAUGAUUCAACUGCUUACGACAAGUUUCAUUGUUUAAAGGAUUUCAACGGUUUAGCAAGUUAUCAUAACAACAAAUUGAAGCAAGCUAUCAAGUUGUUGAGAAAAGAGAACUCAAAUGUGAUAAUUACAUAUGGUGAUUAUUAUAAUGCAUUGUUUUGGGUUUUUCGACAUGCUUCUUUGCUUGGAUUUGAUAAAACAUCCUUGCAGAAGUCUUGUUGCGGUAUGGGUGGCGAUUACAACUUUAACGUCAUGCAAAUAUGUGGACUUCCGAGAGUACCUGUAUGUUCUUAUCCAAAUAAACAUAUCAGUUGGGAUGGAAUUCAUUUGACACAAAAGACUUAUCAAAUCAUGGCACAUCGACUCAUCCGUGAUAUAUCGCCAAAAUUUCGUUGUGUGAAUUAAAUUAGUUUAAAACUGUCAAAACGAGCAUAGCUAAAAACGUUUAAAACCUUAGUCUCUCCAUCAUGAAUGUUGGAUUUUUUUUCUUUUUUUUUUUGGUCAUGGUUUGUGUAGUUAGAAACGUUUUUGGUUAAAAGCUUAGUCUGUCCAUCGCUAAUCUACUCUUCUUCUCUUUUGAAUUUUGG